GCGACAAUGAAAAUAGGUUACUUCCGAUUUUGUAAAGCCAAAAGAACAUGCAGGGAGAGCCAGCUUGUGUAAGUGUGUCAGAAGAAUCAUCUAGAAAGCAGCCAACAGAGACUGAAAAUGGACGUGACUUGACAAAGACAGUUGCGAAACAUUAUAAUGAAUUGAAGGAAGAAGGUCUGCAGGUUCGUGGAACCAGUCGUAUAUUUUAUCUGAGGAAUUUCAACAACUGGAUUAAAAGUGUUCUUAUUGGAGACAUUCUACAGCAAAAGAAAAAAGACAACUCUCAUGACAAGUCACUGACCAUCCUUGACCUCUGCUGUGGCAAGGGAGGCGAUCUGCUUAAGUGGAAGAAAGGACAAGUGGAUAAGAUAGUGUGUGCUGAUAUAGCUGCCACAUCGGUGGAACAGUGUGAGUCACGGUACAAGGAAAUGCUUCAAAGAAGUGAGAGAGACCGCUAUCCACAAAAAGUGUUUUCAGCUGAGUUCAUUGUUGCUGAUUGUACAAAGACUCGACUUCGUGAUCAGUAUAAAGACCCAUCAAUUCAGUUUAAUAUUGUGAGCUGUCAAUUCUCCUUCCACUACUGUUUUGAGAGUUACACACAGGCAGAGAUGAUGUUAAAGAAUGCUUGUGAGUGUCUUGCUCCUGGCGGAUAUUUCAUUGGUACUACCCCCGAUUCCUACGAAUUAAUACGCAGACUUCGAGAAUCCCCAGAGAAAAGUUUUGGGAACGAAGUUUACAGAGUAACAUUCCACGACAAUAAUGAAGAGUCGUUGCCCUUGUUUGGUGCUACAUACGAUUUUCACUUGGAAGGAGUUGUAGACUGUCCAGAGUUUCUUGUGUAUUUUCCGGUGCUAGAAAAAAUGGCAGAGAAGUAUGGUAUGAAGCUGAUUAAAAGGAGGUCAUUUGCCGAUUAUUUCAAGGAUAAUAUUGAAGCCGGAGAAGCAAGAUCAUUAAUAGGUCGCAUGCAGGCACUUGAGACCUACCCACCUGAUGAAAAUGCAACUCUUAUGAGCUCCCAACCCAACAAUUAUGAGCAUGCUGUCAAAUUCCUAGAGAAUUUGUCACAGGACACCUCUCAAGACAGAAGACAUCCACCCAAAAUUGGCACAUUAUCACAGGAUGAGUGGGAAGCAGCAACUAUAUACUGUGUAUUUGUGUUUAAGAAGGUAGCCGGAUUGGCAGAAUCUGAAAGAGAGUUGCCAUCAGCACCCAAAAGAAAACAUGAUGAUGAGAGGACUAGUGAUAAAGAAGAGCCAGUAGAGAAAAUACCGAAAGUUGGAGAAUGAUGGACAUAAUCCAGUUAUUGUCAACUUAACACUCUGGAAGGCAUACUGGUCUAUUUUGUUACUUUCCAAGUCCUGACAUCAAGGAUUUCCAUCUACUUUUUGUCAGCUGUUUGGAUUCCUCUUGAAACCACAUUUGAAGUUUUGGAUUGAAGGUUUACAGACACAUCAUGAUUACAAAGAUGAUGAUAUUUUGGUCCAUCUUUAUUUGUCUUUAUGUCUUGGUGUAAGGACUUUUUGUCAUGGUUACCCGGUGGAUGUUUGUGGCCAUCAUGAUAUAUGAAUUUCUUAGCACUGCUAGCUGUAAGAUUUACGAAAACUACUAGGAACCAUCUUGAUAACUCACUUAAGUCUUGGUAUGAGAAUGUUGAUAGAUUUUUGUUUGAGCUUACACACAGAUUGACAAAUUUAUGCAGAAAUUAUUUGGAACUGUUUUGCUAACUUGUUUGAAGUCAUAGAAUAGUAUAUAGAUUUUAUAGCACUUUUAAUCAGCUAUAACUUAAUCACUUGAUAAACACUUGUUAACAUCUUUAAUGACCGUGAGGACCGUACACAUCUUGUUGGCUAUAAAAAGUCAACCAUAAUGAAUUUACCAAAACGAUAUUUGUCUCCUGUGUUAGUGAAAUGAUAUACCUGGCUUGGGCUGUUCCAUCUAUUGGAAUGAAAGCAAUUCAUUUACACAUUUACACUAUGUUGGUAAUUAACAAUGACAUUUAUGUUGUAAAGUGGUCAAUAAAAGAAGUACAUCUGA